AUGGAUUUGAUAUCAACUUCAUCUGAGAGUGGACAACUGAGUGUUGAAACUUCAUCACUGAUUCAUGAUAGUUCUCAAUGUUACUCCCCUAGCAAUAAAGAAUCAUGGAAGUCUUUAGUCUUUCAAUCUAUUAAAGAGAUUGAAGAUUUUUAUGGUAAUUAUGCAUAUAACACUGGAUUUUCUAUCAGGACUAUGUUGAAGUCGAAGAAUAAUUCACAAAAUAAGAAAUCAGAUAAGGUACAUUAUGUGCCUUAUGUUUGUAACAAACAAGGUUUCAAGAAGGGAAGUUUGCUUAAUCCUAACAACAGGCCAACAUCAGACAGUCCACUGGUUAUUGAGUUUAUGAAAGUGAAAGAAAAAUAUGAGGAAAGGGUUGGUUGUAAAGCUCGAAUAUCUUUGAAGUUGGAUGAAGUUUUGAAUGUGUAUAAGAUUUAUAGAUGGGAUGUGGCUCACUGUCAUCCAUUACAAAAACCAGAGCAUUUGUGUUACCUGAGAUCAUUUCGAGAAGUAAAUGAAGUUCAAGGACAACUAGCUCUAAUAAAUUCUAAAGUUGGAAUGUCGAUGAGAACGUCUUAUGAAGUUCUUGGUCAAGGAGUUGGAGGUACGGAGAAUCUUCCUUUUCGGUUUUCAGACUUAAAAGAACUAUCUAAUGACAAUUCGUCAAAAGGAGAUGAAGACAUAGCUAGCAUUUUUUGGGCAGAUGGAAUUAUGCAACUGGAUUAUUCUCUAUUUGGUGAUGUCAUCAGUUUUGAUACAACUUAUCGAACAAACAAUCAAUAUCGGCCAUUAGCUUCCUUUAUUGGUUUUGACAAUCAUCGUAAGAGUGUUUUAUUUGGUGCUGCACUAUUGUACGAUGAGACAACAACUACUUUUGAUUGGUUGUUUACAACAUUCUUGAAGUGUGUUUUUCAUGGGCUUUGUUCAUGGCACAUGGCAGAGAAUGCAAAGAAAAAUCUUGGCUCUCGUGCAAACAGUGCAUUUUUCGAUGAGUUAACUAAUUUGGUUUCAAAUGUAGACGAUGAAUCAGAUUUCGACUAUAAUUGA